AUGCCUGCCUUCAACAGAUUGUUUUCCCUGGCUUCCCUGGUGCUCAUCUGCUGGGUCAGUGUCUGCUUCUCUGUGUGUGUGGAGGUGCCCUCAGAGACAGAAGCCGUUCAGGGCAACCCCAUGAAGCUUCGCUGCAUCUCCUGCAUGAAGAGGGAGGAGGUAGAGGCCACCACGGUGGUAGAAUGGUUCUACAGGCCUGAGGGCGGUAAAGAUUUCCUUAUCUAUGAGUAUCGAAAUGGCCACCAGGAGGUGGAGAGCCCCUUCCAGGGACGCCUGCAGUGGAAUGGGAGCAAGGACUUACAGGAUGUGUCCAUCACUGUGCUCAAUGUCACACUGAAUGACUCCGGCCUCUACACCUGCAAUGUGUCCCGGGAGUUUGAAUUUGAGGCACAUCGCCCAUUUGUGAAGACUACACGGCUUAUCCCCCUCCGAGUCACUGAGGAGGCUGGAGAGGACUUCACCUCUGUGGUCUCAGAAAUCAUGAUGUACAUCCUCCUGGUCUUCCUCACUUUGUGGCUGCUCAUUGAGAUGGUAUAUUGCUACAGGAAGGUCUCAAAGGCUGAAGAGGCAGCCCAAGAAAAUGUGUCUGACUACCUUGCUAUCCCAUCAGAAAACAAAGAGAACUCUGCAGUGCCCGUGGAAGAAUAG